AUGGAAACUCUAACGAAUGGACACGAUACACCCGAAUCACCACUCCCAACUUCCUCAUUAUUCGACCCAUCCGCAUUCCGUUCCUACUUGAUCGCCCUUUUACCGGUCUUAAUUGGCGCCUCACCAGAAGAUCUUGAAAGCCUCUUCGAUCCCGAAUUUGAAGACCGCGUUACGCGUUUUGCGGGCGAAGGUGGAAGCGUGAUAUAUAUUGUAAAGAACAAAGAUGAAGUUGAGGGCCAAGACGAGUCUACACCGACGUAUACCUACGCCCUUACCCCCCACAUUACUUUCAGCUCUUCUCACGUACUCACCCUCGCUCUCAUCAAACGAAGUCCCACCCUCGACCCUCUCACCCCUUUAGUAACCCAACUUCACUUCUUGAAUCUCUUUGGGGGUGAAGAAACGCCUUAUGAAAGUCUCCAUGCAGUCGUCAGUCAAGGCGUGAAGCCGUGGUUUGACGCUUUUGUCGGAUCCAGGGGCGGAGGCGGUGGAAAGGAUAUGGACACUAAACUAGGAAUACCAAUGACCAAGAAAAAGUUUGCAGAGCUCGAACUUUCUCUACUACAUCUCCAGCAGAACGUAGAGAUUCCUGAGACAAACUUGGUCAUCCAUCCUGUUAUCCAGAGAGCGGUUGAACAGGCACGAGCAAGCGGCACACGUCCCAACAUCUCCUUCAUUCCCACUAAAACACUGAACGACAGCACUUUCCUCAAUGCAUUACAUGCCAACGUCAACCAAUGGAUCAAAUCUAUCCAAUCAGUCACCAAACUCAACCGAGACGUAGCUUCAGGGACAGCAUCACAAGAAAUCAAUUUCUGGCUCUCUUUUGAACGCGCCGUAGACGCCAUAGAAUCCCAGCUCCGUUCUGAAGAAGUUAACAUGGUUAUGGACUGUCUUCGAAAUGCAAAGCGUUUUCACGCGACUGUCAGUUUCAUUACAGAUACCGGGCUUAAGGACGCCAAGGAUCAAGCGCAGAAGUACAAUUUACUUAUGAGGGAGUUUCCUUUGAACGAACUUCUCUCAGCGACGGAUCUCGACAAGAUUCAAGAUUCCCUAUAUCUCAUCUUUUCUCACCUUACCAAAAAGAUGCGGCUAUCCCCUUACCCUACGCGCCGAGCUCUUCCUCUCGUCGAAGCAAUUUCGAAGGAUUUUAACGACCAGCUAGUCAGAAUCUUAACUUCGCAACGAUUGGCGUAUACACCGUAUGGGACUUUUGAGAGAUUGAUGAACCAGACGAUGAGUAUUUUCAGGACUUGGGAUGAGAUGAUCAAGGAGUUUACGAACGUAGCGAGAGAAGUUACGAGGAAGAGAUCGGAGAGAUUCAUUCCCAUCAAGGUUCUUCCAGCACAUGGGAAACUGCAAGAACGAAUACGAUAUCUAAGGGACUGGAGGAAACAGCAUGAGCAGUUGGCUGUUAUGACCGGUCCCACCAAAGGUCUUGGUGACUCUGGGAUAGGAGGAGGUGUGGGAGGGAUGGACAUGGAGGAAGAGGUAAAAGAAGCGUAUGAAAUAGUCAAGCGUAUCGACGUGUUGGACGUCUCUACUGAAGGGACGGAAAUCUGGGUUGCCGCUGAAAAUGCCUAUAACGAAAGAGUCUCUAGGGUAGAGAACCAGAUUAUCGCGAGACUCAGGGAUCGUUUGGGGACGGCGAGGAAUGCGAAUGAGAUGUUCAGGGUGUUUUCGAAGUUCAAUGCGUUAUUCGUUAGACCAAAGAUUCGUGGUGCCAUUCAAGAAUAUCAGACACAAUUAAUCGACUCUGUGAAGGAAGAUAUCAAGCAUCUUCACGACAAGUUUAAAACUCAAUAUCGCACCUCCGAAGCCUACCACAUGGCCCUCCUUCACGAUCUUCCUCCUAUCGCAUCGACCAUAAUUUGGGCACGACAAAUUGAACGUCAACUCCAAACUUACAUGAAACGUGUCGAGGACGUCCUUGGGAAAGGCUGGGAGCUGUACGCAGAAGGACAGAAGUUACAGGCUGAAAGCAACGCAUUCAAGAGGAAACUGGAGACGAGGAUGGUUUUUGAGGCGUGGUUGGCAGAUAUCAACAGGAGGAAUAUGGGUGUUGAAGGAAGAUUGUUCGAGAUCGUCAAACUUCGUAGUGGGGGGACUGGUACAGCGGGGUCAUCAUACCAACUGGCAGUCAAUUUUGACCCCCAGAUCAUUACACUCUUCAAAGAGGUCCGAAAUCUGUUGUGGUCAGGAUUCCAGAUCCCACAUUCGAUAACGAACAUGGCUAAGGACGCAAAAAGGGUUUAUCCCCAUGCUGUUAGUUUAAUGGAGAGCGUCAGGACCUAUGGGCAGACAUUAGACUUGUUGGUUGGGGGCAGUGAGGAGGGAAAGGGGGUCGAGUGGUUGGUCGCGGAAUGGAGAAAUGAGGUGCAAAGGAUGGUUGGCAAAGGUAUGAGUAUCAAAUGGGACCACUUCAUUAGUCAAUAUGAUUCCACCGCCUCCGCACGGUACGACACAUCUUCUCGGAACGACCGGCACAUCCAGUUCGUUCGAGAGUUUGCCAGUGUCGUUUCGGUGCUACAAGACAAGACGAAUAACGUCAUCGAUCUGUACAAGGAGAUUUUAAGAGCUGUGGAAGAUUUGGGGGCUUGCGAAUAUAGGCAUGAUGUGUUUGCAGAGGUAUUAGGAAGGGUGCAGGCUAACAUCGAUAGACUGAAUCUUGAAGGUUAUGCUAACCUUGAACAUUGGGUUGCAGAAUUGGACAAGAGAAUCGAAAAAACACUUCUACAGCGGUUGAAGCAGAUUAUAGAGGUGUGGUGCAUGGAGUUUUCCGAUGAAGAGUCGAGAAGAGAACUUCCACUUCGAGAUGCAACGAAUGCCUCUUCAAAGAGGAGGGGGGAGAAGAGGAAGGAAGAGAAGUUCAUGGAGGCAAAUAUGACUGUCAAACCAAUCGUACACGAGAUUCGGAUACAAAACCAGGUUAUUUUUCUGGACCCACCGAUAGAACAUGCAAGGGCAUCGUGGGUUCGGCAGUUGCAUGAUUGGAUAGGUGUUGUGUGUCGACUGAGAAGAAUACAGAGUUCGAGAUACGAGAUAGGGUUGCAGAUGCAAGGUGUUUCAGUCUCAGAAACAACUUAUGUCUCCCUUCUAACCCAAUUCACUGACGACACACUCUCCCGACCCUUCUCCUUGAUCGAAGUCAAAGUGCAAAUGGUCAAAGACUAUGUCUCCAAAUGGCUGCAGUUCCAGUCUCUAUGGGACCUUGAAGCUGAAUACGUCUUCAACCGUUUAGGAGAUUCCCUUUUACACUGGCAACAAUUACUUACGGAGAUCAAAAAGACGCGAUCGACUUUUGAUACUUCGGAAACGCAGAAGUCGUUUGGCGUGGUUGUGGUUGAUUAUGAGCAGGUUCAGGCUAGGGUCAACGCGAAGUAUGAUGCAUGGCAAAGAGAAAUUCUUGUGCGGUUCGGUGCAAAGCUAGGUAACGUGAUGAGGGAAAUGCAUGCUAGUAUCUUGAAGGCGAGGAAUGAGCUUGAGCAUCAUUCAAUCGAGGGCAUCGUCGGGGGGCCGAGGAAGUACUGA